CCGCCAGACGGAGGCUUGCUUGCUUGGUUGCAAGUCCUGGGUUCAUUCUUCCUCUUCAUGAACACAUGGGGUCUUGUGAACUCCUACGGCGUGUACCAGACAUACUACCAGCUCGACCUCCUGCGCGACAAGACGCCCUCGCAGAUCUCGUGGGUGGGGUCUUUCCAGGCAUGUCUGCUGCUCAUCGUCGGCGUCGCGACCGGACCCCUGUUCGACCUAGGCUACUUCUACCUGCUGCUAUGGACGGGCUCCAUCCUCGUCGUGCUGGGCCUCAUGAUGACGAGCCUGUGCACGAAGUACUGGCAGGUGAUGCUGGCGCAGGGCCUGGUUCUCGGGCUCGGCUUCGGGUGCCUGUCGGUGCCGAGCGUCGCCAUCGUGUCGACCUACUUCUCGAACAAGAAGGCUUUCGCCACCGGCGUCGCCGCCACAGGUAGCAGCAUCGGCGGCGUCAUCUACACCUCCACCUUCUCCCGCCUACAGCCGCGCAUCGGGUUCCCCUGGGCCACCCGCGUGAUGGGGUUCAUCGCCCUGGCCGGCCUGGCCGUCGCCUGCGCCGUCCUGCGCGUCCGCGUCCUGCCUAGGUCGGUCCGUCGCCUGCUCGAGCCGCGCGCGUUCCUCGAGGUGCCCUACGCCAGUUUCACCGUCGCCCAGGUCGUCGGCACCAUGGGCACAUGGGUUCCCUUCUACUACGUCAACAGCUACGCCAUCCAGGCGGCCGGCGUCGACCCCGACCUCGCCUCCUACUUGACCAGCAUCCUCAACGGCACCUCAACUCUGGGCCGGCUGGUGCCCAACUACUUCGCCGACCGCACCGGCCCCUUCAACAUCAUGCUGCCCGCGUCCGCCUGCUCGGCCCUGCUGGCGUUCUCAUGGAUCGGCAUCCGCUCGCCGGCCGGCCUGGUCGUCUUUUGCGCGCUGUACGGCUUCACCUCGGGCUCCUUCGUGUCGCUGCCCGCGCCCGCCAUCGCCUCGCUGACGCCCAGCCUUAGCGUGCUCGGCGCCCGCAUCGGCAUGAGUUUCUCGCUCACCGCCAUCGGCAUCCUGGUCGGAAACCCCAUCGGCGGCGCCAUCCUCCGGAGCGGCAGCGGCAGCGGCUGGGUCGGCCUGCAGUGCUGGGCCGGC